CUGUUUCACACUCUCAGCCGACUGGGAUUUUUAUCACAAAUAAAGAGUUCAGGGUCAGCAUCCCCAAUAAAAAUUUCGAAGAUUAUUGUUGUGUUUCUAGGCUUACUUUUUGUUUAUUGACUGACACGAAGAAGAUUGUGAAAUCGACUGACACGAAGAAGAUUGUGAAUUUGAUGUUUGAAUGAACUGCGGGAUGAUAAUAUGCUGGAACGGAUGGUAGUAAUAUAGAGAGAACAACGUUUAUUUUAGCCCCGGAAAAUGUCGUCAGUGUGUGAGGUGGACGAAGAGUUCUUGUAUGAUAUUUUGCCUGUAUCCGCAUCUUCUCCGAACGGUUUCCCAUGCACCGAAAGCGAAUCUAUGCCGCGAGAGCUUCCUGGUAGCAACGACGAUCUGCUGGAAAUCAUCUUGCCAUCAUCAUCACCAGCUGAUCCAUACACUGCUCCAUUAACCGAACAUACAUCCGAGGAACUUCCUGGUGGCAAGAAAGAACUACUGGAAGUCACUUUGCCAUCGGCAUUGUCAGCUGACCCGUACAUUGUUCCAUUUACCAAAGAUACACCCGGAGAACAUCCUGGUGGCAACAACGAACUGCUGGAAGGUUAUGGUUUGCCAACAUCGUCAUCCGCUGACCCGUACCGUGCUCCAGUUAAUGAAUAUACACCCGACGAGCUCCCUAGUAGCAGUCCUAGCGAGCUGGAUGGCGAAUGUGUAGCCGAAGUUGAGGAAGAAUUGGAGUACUGCGAAUCCGAAAUUACAGUGACGGAGACGCUGGUUGAUCAGGAAAUAAGUGGCCGUGAAGUUGAAAUCGUUCAAGAAAAUGUGCCGAUCCAGAACGAUGACGGAAAUCAAGGUUUUCCAGAUGGCCAAACGAUAAAGGCGGAGCCGGAAAUGGUGGACGAAACCGUGCGGCCAGUGAAUCGUGCAGCGCAACCAAAACCGCCACGGAGACUGCGGAUCCCGGAUAGUUUUAAAGUUUUCCCCGUUUGGCGUCACCGACGACAGAUACUGGAUAAUGUGUGCUUGAAUCCCGUAACGCUGAUCAGCGGACCGACCGGUUCAGGCAAGUCGGCCUUGAUUCCGCUUCUUCUGGACACUGACGCCAAACAAGGCGAGAAGCCCAACAUCGUCGUGGCCAUGCCGCGGCGUAUUGCUGCGAUGAGUCUGUGCAAUUAUGUCUGCCAGGAACUUGACUGCCGGCAGGGAAGUGAAGUGGGCUUUCAGAUCGGAAUGGCCAGAAGUAUGAUGUCGUCAAGGACGCGAAUUUUGUACUGCACAACUGGGGUUCUUUUGCAAAAAAUGAUGCACGAAAGCUUAAAUCAGUCGCGUCCGCUUGAAAAAUAUACACAUCUAAUUCUCGAUGAGGUACACGAACGAUCAGAAGAUAUCGAUUUUACGAUGUUAUUGGUGAAGUUGGCACAUAUUUCCGGUGAAUGGUUUCCAAAGGUCAUCAUUAUGUCAGCCACCAUGAAUUCUUCCGCCAUUCUUAACUAUUUCAAAAACGAAACCUUGUGUGUGUGUCCACCCUUAAUCAAGAUUGUCGAUGCGCCGCUCUAUCCGGUAAAAGAAGUUUAUCUGGAAGACAUGUGUGCAGAAGUUGGCUGUAGCAUGGAAGGCUCAUAUUUCGACCACGAGAAGCCGUUCGCGAAGAAUGAGAUCAUGAACCUCGUUUUGAGUCACAUUGACGAGAUGUACAAUCGCAAUUUUGGGGGUGGGAAUGCAAAAGGAACUACGACAUUAGUAUUUCUGCCUGGUCUGGAAGACAUCGAGAAGUUAAUGGAUAAAAUUCACAUGGACUUCCCGAAUCGCCUUCGCGGUGCUCCUCAGUGGGAAAUCUGCCCAUUACAUUCACUAAUUCCUCAUCAUAUCCAGAGUGCGGUAUUUCAGCCGGUUAAGAGAAACGUUCGACGAAUAGUUUUAGCGUCUAAUAUUGCGGAAAGUUCAAUUACGGUACCGGAAGUGGAUACAGUAUACGAUUUUUGCCUGACCAAGAACAUGACCACUGACGAGGAGACCAAAUUGUCCUUUCUGCAAUCUCAGUGGGCCACCAAAAGCAAUUGCGGUCAGCGCAAAGGAAGAGCCGGUCGGACACGUAAUGGUACAGUAUAUCGGCUUGUUUUCCAAAAUUUCUACAAUCAGUUAGCUGAUCAUCCAAAACCGGAAAUCCUUAAUAUUCCCGUGACCACGUCCAUCCUUCGCAGUAAAAUGCUAAAUUUGGAUCAGCUGGAUAUGGACCCGGAGGAACUGAUGGGGAUGAUGUUGUCGCCGCCGACUUCAGUAGAUGUGCGACGUGCUGUGCAGAUUUUGAAAGAAAAAGGAGCGCUGAACCUAUACCACAAAGGUCAACUGAAAGAGAGCGAUGGCGAUUUAACAUUCCUUGGGCAUUUAUGCGCUACUAUCCCGCUGUCGAUUCCCUUGGUUCGACUUGUGUUUCUUGCAUUUUGCUAUGGACUGCUGGAUGACGGCAUAGUGCUUGCUUGUGUAAUCAGUGUCCAAAGCAUUUUCCAAACCACCUGGAUGGACGACACAGAGGGAUGGAUAUCUAAAAAGAAGAACGACCGCGGAUUUCGAAGCGAUUGUUUGUCGUCAUUUCGGAUUUUCAGGGAGUGGAUUUGGCUUUCUGUAUCUGGUCAGUUUGGAGAGGGCGACAGCAGUGACAGGGAACGAAUCUGGUGUAUGCAAAAUCGACUAUCCCGAAGCCGUCUGCAAGAGAUAUUGUAUAUCGUGUCUGAAAUUCGACGACGCUUAAGUCGCUUGGGCCUCUAUAUGAUUAACGAUGAAUAUUUCCGAACGGAGUUUAGACCCGAUGUUGAAUGGGAAAUUCUGAUAAAGGUGGUAAUUGCGGGUGCUUUUUAUCCUGAUUACAUGAUCAGUUCGCCUCAUAUUGAUGAUACAACCACAAUGGAUUCUAUUGCUGCGGCCUCAGAAAAACAACGGGAAAGAUUUGGUGGUUUUGAUCCCUUGCAUUGUGUGGAAAUCGCUGUGCCUGCUCGAGCGGAUACACUAGCGUCCCUUUUCUACGAAAGUUUGCUGCGACAGUAUCUCAAGUCAAUUCUGUAUACGAACGUAUUAUUCAGCAUCAAGUAUUUCAAAAACAGAGCCGUCGUCUGCCUUGAACGAGGAGUUGAGGAUGUGACUGGACAAGGUGCUCUCCUUGUGGAACAUCUGCUGCGGUCAACUAAAAAGCAGAAGCGUCGGAACUGGGAUACUGUCCACAAAAUUCCCACGGUGAAAGAUUCAUCAGUGAAUAACUUCGCGGUGAUAAACCCAGAGUUAGCAAAAGCCAUUAAAGGAUCAAACAAGUGGCUUUCCGUUGAUUAUACGUUAUGGUAUCCUGAACUUCCUCCCUGCCCCGUGUUAUCGUCUUGGACUGAUGAUUUGAAACUGAAUGCCACCGUCACUGCGAAAGUGGACGACAAUGUAUUCUUCGCUCGAUUGUACCCAAGUGGUCCCGAUCCAGUGAACCAGCUCAACCAAGAUUUGCAAGCUCUUCUCGGUUCGGACCUGGUUCGGAAAUGUUUGCCUUCGGAUAAGGAUCAGGCACUGCUGGGUAGCUACGUGAUUUCGUAUAUGGGUCAUCCAUCGGAAGAUCUUGCUCGUGCAAAGGUGGUGCGAAUCGACAAGGAUAUGAUUGAGGUUUACUUGGUCGAUUACGGAAGAAUGGCACGACUGCCAUGGAAUCGGACAUUCCUUGUUUUAAAGUCGAAUGCUACGAAAUGCUUCUGGCAGACACCUCAAUUGGCUGUUAAAUGUCGAUUGUCUGAAAGCUUUUCGGUGCGACCACUGUCCAAUAUCAGCGUGUAUGACCGGCUACAGAGUGAAACUUCCCAGCUGGAAUUCGGGGUGUGGUAUUCGGCUAAGGAUACGGUAAUGCUGAAUGGGAUCUGCGCGUUAACGGAAAACUCUUUAACUGGACGAUGUAGCCUUUUGGCACGGAUGUUUGAUGAAGGAUUGCUGGUCUUCGAGCACGAUCUAGUGGAGUUCGCGUGGCCGGAUGUAGAAUCCCAUGCAAUCGCAGCGGUCAAAGUCAAACCACAAUACUCGGAAGAAAUGCCGAUGACAUUUGGAAACCCAGUUAACAGUUACGAUAUUGGGCGUGGUUCGUAUCGAUGGUUGUACAAAAUUCCACGUUUUGUGGAGCCUCAUCGAGAAAGUGUCAAUACCGUCCUUCUGCGGAGUGUUUACCCAGAUCCGGUUGAUUACGUUUUGGUAUCCACUGAAACUGUUGUAUCGAAGCGGAAGAACAUGGUCGUAUGCGCUGAUACCACUUUAAUGCCGCACGUUCCCGGCAUAUCGGCAUUGUUGAUGGCGUUGAAUGCACCUGUGGUGGAAAUGAGAGAUGAUCCGGAUACGCGGAACAUUUUGGGAUUUUACUGCGGUCUCGGCUCGAUUUGUCGUAAUACAAAUCAACCAGCGAACCCAAUAUUUGCGGCCCAUGACUUCAUAUUCUUUGGUGAUGCCGUCCUGAAAAGACCUGAUAUGGAUCUUGUGAAAAGCAUCCGCAAAGUGGUCAAUGCAUUGCUCUGCUUUGCCGCUGACAUGAAGCUUUCAAAUGGAAAUCCCAGCACCGAAAUGGUGGAAAAACUCAAGAAUUUUCAGGGUUCUCUGCGAUCCUCGACUUUGUUACUGAUGCAGAUACCGCGCCGUAUGUCGGUAAUCCCGCUGAAAAAUCGCCAGCCUGCAGUGUGCCCACCUCGCUGGUUGUCGACUUUACCGGCAAGUGAAAGGUCAGAUGACCGCAGUAAUAUCCAUCGGAUCUAUUACGAAUCGUAAAGUGUUUCAUCCGCAUUUGGAGAUGAGUUUCUGAUGGACGAUCAAUAGCUGCAGCCUACGUUGAUAAUUGGAGUUUUAGUUUUUGAUAUGUGGUUUAUAGUUAUACGUUUUAUGAUUUGUAUUAUACAGUCUACUACUUACUUGUGGUUUAUACGUUUUUGUUGUGUUAUGGGUUUUAGACUAUGGUUAGUUUAUGCUGUUGCUUACCACUGACUAUGAAAUAGCGUUUUUAUUGUUUUAAAUCUGAUGCCUGUGAUGAAUCCCAUUGUGAUGCAUUUCUUUUGUUUUGGAAAAUGUGGCUCGACGUUUUAUGUACGAUAUUGUGCAGGCCUUCUUUUGAUUGUAGUGGAUGUGAAUCCUGCUUGCUUUGUGUUGUUGGAUGGGAAAUUAAAGACGGAAAUCAAAUAUACAAAUUGCUGUAGUGUUGCUGUUGUUGUACUGUUUGUACUCCAUUCUGGUGGUAUUUUCGCUGCUGAAUCAAUUGCACAGUAUUCAUUUUGAAAAAUUCCACUUUCGUGAAUGAUUUGUUGCAUGGCGUCUACAGCCAUGCGCUAAUCCAAGUUGCCAAAUAAAUAGUGUUUGGAUGCGAUAAAUUUCAGUCACAACUUACCGCUACCAUCUAACUGAUCAAGAUAACUUCAAGUACUCUUAAAUUAUUUUAUAGAAUGAUGAUAGCCCGUAAGUAUCAAAAUUAAGCAAUCUGCCUGAAAUGUUGUUCACCGUGAUCCUGAAAUCUGAUUUGUCACACCCUCACAACUUACUGAACUUGGUAGUUAAUCUUGCCAUGAUCGCUUCCAAAAAAAACACCGUUUAAUGAAUACGUUCUUUAAACAGAACGACUUUUUAUUCCUGCAUGCAGUUUUUGUACUUGUACACGUAAAUUGUAAUUACUUUGUUACUGCGUUGUGGUGAUUGUUAGCUAAGUCGUAAAACUGACACGUGUAUUGGAUGAAACUUUCUCAACAUUUAUGUUUACCGUAGCAAGCGAAUGUCAACCAGUUCCGACUUUUUUGGGGUGUUUUGCGUUAGUCAUAAAUUUCAUGCUGUAAUUAUUUUCUGCCGGCAACUUGAUUACAUUGCGCAUAAAACAUGAUGAAAAGGCUGAGCGUUGUAUACUUACUUGUCGGCUGCGAAAAACGUUUCCGUGCCAUACCAUGAUGCGUAAACUGACACGGAUUUUGGUCUCGUGAACGUUGCAUUCCUUCCCGGCACCGACGCCGUUUGUGGCUGCAUGUCGCCAUGGCAUGACUGGUGACGGAUGUUCAGUACACACGAGUCGCGACUACCGACUGCGUAUGCAGAUGCUCAACAAAUCUAUGGUAUGCUAUUGCAACUGUGGUCCUAAUCUGUUGGACUGUUGGUGGUUUUACAAUAAUAAUCUGUUGGAUUUCUAUUCCUUUGUGAUUGUGUUGCCUUUGAAGUUUUCAGUGCUGAAUGUAUAUCCCGCUUGUUUUGCCAUACUUCAUGUAAAAUCACCUAUGCGUUCCCAUCUUAUGCCAUACGUCUGUUUUUGAUCCUCUGGUGCUUUAUCGGUGAUGCCGUCAUGCGCUAUAAUUUUGUUAGCAAGCUAAAUAUUUUAAUUGAAGAAUUUUAUUUCAGAGACAUUCUAGGGUAGUUUUAAGAAAUGCCAUGUUCCGUUUGUAAAAUGUGUUAUACUAUGUAGCCACACUAUGACAGAAAAGUAUCGUUAUCCCAAAACCUUCGGAUGCCGUGGGAAACGGAAAGCGCAAACAAAGAAACCCCCAUCCCAUGCGCAAUUGAACAGGCGAAAAAUUUCAGUUCGUUCCGGUCACAAGCCAUGCUGUCCACAUCCCUUCAGUGCGGAUGGAGAUUCUUUGAAAAUCCUCUAUUUCAACAGUGGGAUCACGGAGAAAAUAUCGAACCAGUGUUGUGAAACCGGAGGGAAAAAUGUCGAAAAAUUUGAAAAAACCGUUCACGAUCAACGAAUACGAAGCGAAUCGCCGCUCGAAUUUUAUAUUCCUUCGAAUUCGGGGAAAUCUGGCCAUUCGGAUAAGAUGAUAGCCGGCACUCCACUUGGGGAUGAAGAAAUGAAAUUUCUGAAGAAAUGCUCAAAACAAUCGGGAAUUGCAAUGAGGACAUUUCUUCAAAAGUACAUUCCACAAGGAUUGACCAAAGCAAUGCGAGAUGCCCCCGAUAUCCAGAGGAUUCUGGAAAGUUCAUGGCAAAUUUGAUCUUUGUGAAUUUUUCAAGGCAGUUAGUUUUCUGUAGCUCCAAGUUUGUAUUAUCUCUGUAUGUGUAUAUGUUUGACAGUAUUACCUCAGUGAACUGCAGCUUUGAGUUCGCUACUCUAUCAGUGUACUCUGCUUAUUUUUUUACAAACGUCUGUACUUUCUGGGUAUUUUAUGGUUUUUUGUACGUCGGCAUUAUUUUCUUGUAUUAAUGUGUACUCUGGACGUCGUUUGUACCUACAAUGCCCUGCUAUACUGAUUGUGAGAAUAAUCACAAAAAAUGGCCAAAAGGUUACUGCGUUAACCUGUGCGAUUAUUGGCAGCGUGUUAGCCUUUGGUCAUUCAUGGGGAAGCGGGAUGUAACGCCGCCCCGAACGAGACAGUAUAGAUAGCUGUCCCGGGAGUUUAUCCUUAACAGCUCUUUUAGCUUUAGUUUCGUUGCCAAGGUUCAACUAGUCUUUGGACAUUUUGAUACCGCAGCGCUUUGUGUUAGUUUUUGAUCUUCCCACCUUCCCCCCUUACCAGUCUGUAUUGGAGAGGAGGUUUCCGGUUGCACCCUCGGUACAACCGGCCUGUUUUUCGUUUGGUUUUUGUUAAUAUUAUUUUCAUAUUAUAUGU